CUCUGCCAGCUCGCUUCUCCAGUGCCAGGCUCUGGAGUCUGGAGGGUGUCCUCCCUGCCCUGCCAUUGCGGCUCCCAGCACCAAAGCACCAUCGCCUGUUUUGACUCGAUUCUCUCAAUUCUCCCACCGUCUGCACGUCUCGAAUUUGUCCCCGUCUCCUCCACCCACCUCACGACCGCAACCACGAUUCAUACCCGCUUCUUACGACGCCUCGAUCCAGAUCUGACCCAAGAACAAUCCAUUAUAUCCUGCGCAAAGACCCGUCCGAUUGACACACACAAUCUCAGGUCCGUGCGACCUUUCGUCCUGGCAUGACAUCCGUUGGCUCUGUGCACGGGGCCAUUGGCUAACGCCUGUGACACCAUAUUGAAAAAGUCCACACGUCAAUCAAUCUUGGAGAUUCUACAACUCCAUCGCCCGAUCGGGCUUUGACCAUCUAUUCCCAUGGCUGGGUUUGCGCAUGCCCACCAACACACCCACCCUCCUCCCUACGGCUACGAUGCCCCUCCAUCUCCAACUCUCACAAACCCGGACAUGAUCCUGCCAUACAAUCCCUUUCUUUCUACCAGUCCGGUGCCUCUCCCAUCCUCUCCCACCCUGCAUGUUAUAUCAUCUCCUCCCCCGCGGCCAGACUCGGCCGUGUCGCUGAGCUCCGCUCAAGGCGACCCAGAACUUCCUCUCGAGUUUGGAGUCGCUACGCCAGUUCGCCUGCCCCUUCGAUCCGUCCCGCCCCUCAACACAGAUUUCAAUAACUACGAACACGGAGCCCCUCUGAGCGACAUUGGAGAAGAGGCGACUCCAGUCUCAACGAAGAGUAUGAUCAGCUACACCUCCACCGUGCCAGACCCCCCGUCUCCCACCCCCGCCGCCCGCACCCCUGUCCUGACGGAUCGACCGAGAACACUCUCCUCGUCGAGCAGCGGGUCCGAUGUUGGCGACUGGGAAGACUUCGACACCUCCAGGAUCAUGAAUGGACGGUUGGCCGCCGAUGUCGCCAAAGCAGAAGAGGAGGAUGCCGACGCGAAUCCCAGUAAACGGAAUAGCGCCAUCACCACGACUGCCGAAGACGACAUGGUGUUGCUCAACGAACGUGCAGAGAGGAUUCUCGAGCAUGCGAGGGAGAGACUGGUGAGCAUGGAGGACAAUUUGACCAAGGCGCGCCAUAGCAUUCUCAUGUCACCCCGAUCAUCCCCCAACAUGAACGACGUUCACCAACCUGCUGGAGGGCUAUAUCGCUCCAUCUCACUGGCGGGGAUCAACAACCGAAAGUCUCGAUCUCUGUAUCCCUUGGUCAGGAUCAAUUCGGUAACCCACUCGAGAGGUGGCAGCGACUCCACUCCCAACACUGCGCUGAAACGUUUGUCCAUUAUUCCAGAGAGAUCGGCAAGCGCCUUGGAAUAUGGACGACGGCAAGAACCACCACACCAGUACCAGCAUAACCCGCAGCAGCGGUUGUAUCAGGAGCAUUCUCCAUCAUCCCGCUUGGUCGGCAAUUCUCCAGCAAGCAGCAGUCGGACUUUCAACUCUCCACUCCGGACGCUGAAGGAAGCCGACGCCACCCCAGAUACACCGAGCAGCUCCAACACUUCGCCAGAAAACUUCCAUCCACGCGGUCUUGGUAUCAACACCCUCGCAGCCGGCUCCAAAGAGAACAUAUCCAUGGUGACCAGCAGCCCGACGACCGCUAUUGCCCGCUCUCCGUCAGCUACCUCGAGUCGAUCGACCAAGGAGAUUCGUGAGCAAAUGACAGGUCUUCGAGCAAGAAUUAGUGAUCUCAAGGAGAAGGCUCAAGCUGAUGGUGCAUGGAGACGUAGUAUCCAGAGUGCCCGGACUCCAAGUCCAUUCACCAAUUCUCAGAGCCCCGAACAAUGGUACACCGGCUCUCCAGAGUACAAGGCGGCAAAGAGCCCCAUAAAUACAGAUGCCGGUGUGGGGUGGAGUCCGACUCGACAUCAGAGAGACAAUUCAGAUUCCAAAGUCCCUCCGUUGACUCCACAGGCGCAGACGUAUCUUAAUGUUGAGCAGCCGACAACCAACAACUCUCGGCUGCUCAGUGAGGCCAGGACCGAUAAGAAUACCCCUAGCUUCCACAAGUCUAUCCCCUUGGCCGACCUCACUGCGGUCAACCCACACUCGGUGAUCCAAGAGUCGCAUUACGAGGAUGCCGCGCAGCAAUUGGACGACGAUGAUGCCAUUGCCGCUUCGGAGGAGGAACAGAUCUACCUGAAUGAGGUGCUUCAGGAAAGCCUUGAAGAAAUCGAGCCCGAAGUGCCCGAAGUGCCGGAUCACUUGCUCAACGAUGGCGCCGCUGAGCGACACGAGGAUAGAUUGGAUGCUUUUGAUUAUGAAAACAUGUUUCUCCACAGCGCCAUGGGCAAUUACAGUGGAACGGGGACGCGAAGCCUGACCCCCAGCGAAAGUGACGGGAGCAGCGUUGUCACGACACGAAUGUAUCAAAACACGCCCUCAGAUGAUGGCGAGGAUGACGGUGACGAGACUGCGGUAGAUAUCAGGGAUGAUCAGGCAUCUACACCUGUUCAGGAGUUGUUCCCUCAGUCGGUAGUGGUGGGUCAGUCGCCACUGCAUCUUACUGCCCCUCCCAAACCGUGGAUGAAGAGCCUACGAAGCAACAGUAUGGACUCGCUAUCCACACAGGCGACAUUUGCCACGGCCGCGGAGGACGAUGCAGUGGAUGCCCGUGCCGGCGCAGGUGAGGGCGAGGAUAGCGACGACGAGACUCCUGACGAGAUUCUGCAAUGGGGCAAUGGGGCCGGGACAGGGUUUCCGCAACCGCCUGUCAGUCCACGUCGGGAUCGGGCGACGUCAAACUGGCCCAUACCCACUCUUGCUGAGCGAAGUCAACCAGAUCAAGACGACUCUCCGCAGAAAGCGGCCACAACGCGGUCGGUCUUGGCCAAUGGGAAUCCCACUCCACCAUGGUUGUCGCCACAAGCCAGCUUUCCGGCUGACCACGGACCGCCAGAGACGCAGCAGCACCACCCGCCAGGAGGGUUGACGAGCGAACCGCCUGUGGAUCAUCCUGCCAACACCGAGAUCUUGAUGGAGAGUCUGAUCAAACUGGCCGACCCCGAUUUCGGUACCAGGGACAUGCAAGGACCGAUGCGCUUCUCUGAGGUCGAUAAAGACCUCGUUCUGGAUCUUCUCCGUGCGGUUGGAGGGGUCUGUAAUAAUAUAUUGAAGGCGGAACGCAAACAGGAGGUUCGGACCGUCAAGGUAUUGAGACGACGACUGGACGAAUCGAGGAAGCUGCUAGAGGGGCCAGGGGAAGACUAAUGGAGGAGGAUGGGGGCGAAUCCAGACUGUCGGGUCGGAUUGACGUGAUGUUUACGAGAGGCGCCCAUCAUCGAGUGCGAUAUUUCCGGGAUGGGAAGGCUACGGCUUGAACUCGGGCUUGAGCCCCAGAAGACAGUGAGAUGUUGAUGUGGACCAGGUGAGAAGACAUGUCUUGGAUUUGAAUGUUGAUAUUGAGGUAUAUACCCAACGGUGUGUCUUUUGUGGCCAACUCAUGAUACGGUUUGAUUAUGCU